AUGCCGCAGCCGCAGCCGCCUGCGGGCCACGAAGACCCGGCGGUCGGCCACGUUCCUGCCGGCGACUGGGAUCCCGACUGGGAGAUCCUGGGCUCGCGGGAGACGUGGAACCGGGUGGGAACGCACAUCAACUACCCCACGUGGUGGGUUCUCAACUGGGGCAACUGGCUGCUGCGGAACGUCCUCAAAGACGGCGUCAUCACGCGCGACGUGCACAUGGAGUACUUCAGCGUCUGGCAAGGCGUGCCCGGAGUUCUCAAGGGGCCCGAGGUCCAGCACAGCUUCAUGACACACUCCAGCCUCAACUGGCGGGACUGCCCCACGGGGGAUCCGGCCAGGCCCUUCGUCAGGUUCCCGCCGCUGUCGAGGAGGCAGAUGCUGCACAUCCACCCCGUGAUCUUCCUGGAGCCUGCGAUCUUCUUCUCCAAGCUCACGGACGCCAGGCACGUGAAAUGUCCGCUGUGCGGAUGCCGCGCCAACGCCGACGGGCAAAACUACGGCAACAGGAAGGUGGUCAUAGACAUGGAGCGCGAGCUGCUGACGACCUCGCGUCAGUGGGUGUGCCGGGAGCGCUACCUGGACGGCUCGAAGUGCCGCCGCGAGGGCGGCUGCGGGCUCAAGUUCUCCCUCGCGCAUCCGGGCUACAUCGCGCAGUUGCCCAGGGUUGUGGCCCGCAUCUACGACAGCCUCGUGGUCCGCGGCAAGCAGAGCAUCACGCGCCCCGUCCAGGACCUCAUCACGCGCCUCGGAACACGCCUGAGCUUCGCGCGGAUCCACGGCUUCCUCGAGGACGCGCGCCACACGCGGUACGUCCGAUCUCGCGAGCUCCACCUGCUCGCGACCCUGGCGGACGCGACGAACGCAGGCCGCACCGCCGACAACAACCCGGCGAUCAAGGCCCUCAAGGACUGCCAGAAGACCAUGACGGCGCUCCAGGGGCGGGCGCAGUUCGCGAAGGACACCGUCGACAAGGCGCGGCGGCAGAAGAGAGCCGCGCGCGACGCCCAGGACGCGGCGGAGGCGGCGGUCCCGCAGGACCCAUACGUGCCGCUCCCUCGCAAGCGCAAGGAGGCGCCCGACGGCAUCGACGGCCGUGACCUACCCGUCAGCGUCCGCGAACAUCUCGCGCGAACCCCUGGGCGAUCGCCACAGGACAGCCAGCCUCCUGGAGCCAUUUGCGCAACACCUCCUCGACGACCUCUCGGCGGUGCAGGCGCCGCUCGACGAGCACGAGCGGCGCGCUGA